UCGCCAUUUUAACUGCGCAGCACAAGGACAUAGCGUUUUCUCUCGUGUGAUUGGUCACUGGACUGAACACAGAUCCACAUCAGAUGUCCUCCAGGAAACAGGAAUGAAGAGAAUGACUGAAGUCCAGCAGAUGAGUGAUUGUGUGGAGAAAGACGAGGACAGAGCAGAGUCUCCAGGUCCCAGCUGUCUGUCUGUGAAGAGUGACCAGUCUAUGGGUUAUCCUCCAAACCUCAGUCAUGAACCUGGAGCCUCAGACACAAAAGGUCAGAACCAGGGACAGAGAGCGGAGUCUCCAGGACCCAGCUGUCUGUCUGUGAAGAGUGACCAGUCUUUGGAACGAAUUAUACGUUUCAAUCGUGAACCUGGAGCCUCAGAGACACAACACAAGUUUGCCGUGGACGAGCACACGUCCUGCUGUCCUCUGUGUCAGGACGUCCUGAAGAAUCCAGUCUCCACCAGCUGUGGUCACUGGUUCUGCAGACGCUGCAUCUCCUCAUACUGGGACCAGUCUGGUCCACCAGGAAACUCCUGCUGUCCCCAGUGUGGGAAAAGACCCAGAACAGGACAUGGACCACAGACCAUCAGUGUACAGAGUAAGAUACAUGUUGGUCUGCAGGAGGUUCUACAUGAACAUAAGAUGAGUCUGAGGAGGAGAUUUGAAUAUGUGACUGAAGGAACUGAUGGAAGAGGAAGUAGAACCCUCCUGAACAGGAUCUUCAAUGAGCUCUACAUCACAGAGGGACAGAGUGAAGAGGUCAAUACUCAACAUGAGGUGAUGCAGCUGGAGACAUCCUCCAAGAAGAAGAUGGUCCAGGACACUCCCAUUAAGUACUGCGACAUCUUUAAAGCCUUACCUGACCAGCAGGGGAGCAUCAGAGUCGUCCUGUCCAACGGUGUCGCUGGUGUUGGAAAAACCUUCUCAGUGCAGAAGUUCACUCUGGACUGGGCCGAGGGUUUGGAAAACCAGGAUGUGAAUCUGCUGAUUGUGCUUUCGUUCAGGGAGCUGAACCUGAUCAGAGAUGAGCAGCACAGUCUUCUCACACUGCUCCAUGUUUUCUAUCCAACAUUACAGAAGGUCAGAGCAGAGAACCUCGCUGUGUGUAAACCUUUGUUCAUCUUUGACGGCCUGGAUGAAAGCAGACUCUCACUGGACUUCAACAGCAGGACGCUUGUUUCUGAUGUCACACACAGGUCAUCAGUCAACGUGCUGCUGACCAACCUCAUCCAGGGGAAUCUGCUUCCCUCGGCUCUCAUCUGGAUAACUUCCCGACCUGCAGCGGCCAAUCAGAUCCCUCCUACAUGUGUUGAGAGGUUAACAGAAGUACGAGGCUUCACUGACGACCAGAAGGACGAGUACUUCAGGAAGAGAUCCAGAACUGAAGAUCUGUCCAGCAGAAUCAUCUCACACAUCAAGACGUCCAGGAGCCUCCACAUCAUGUGUCAAAUCCCAGUCUUCUGCUGGAUCAGUGCUACAGUUCUGGAGCACAUGUUGACCACGGAGCAGAGAGGAGAGCUGCCCAAGACCCUGACAGACCUGUACUCACACUUCCUGCAGGUUCAGACAAAGAGGAAGAAGAACAAGUACGAUAAAGGAUCUGAGACGAGUCCACAGGAACUGAUGGAGGCCGACAGGGACGUUCUUCUGAAGCUGGGGAGGCUGGCCUUUGAACAUCUGCAGAAAGGAGACAUCAUGUUCUACCAAGAAGACCUGGACCGGUGUGGUCUUAGUGUGACAGAGGCCUCGGUGUACUCAGGGGUUUGUACAGAGAUCUUCAGAAGAGAGAGCGUGAUCUUCCAGAAAACGGUCUACUGCUUUGUUCAUCUGAGCGUUCAGGAGUUUCUGGCCGCAGUCUACAUGUUCCACUGUUUCACCAACAGGAAGACAGAGGUACUGCAGGACUUCUUCAGAAAAAAAGAUGGUGAUGAUGAUGGUGGUGGGUACACUUCUCUGGAUGUGUUCCUGAAAGGAGCCAUGGAGAAAUCACUUCAAAGUGAAAAUGGUCACCUGGACCUGUUUGUUCGCUUCCUUCAUGGACUCUGUCUGGAGUCCAACCAGAGACUCUUAGGAGAUCUGCUGGAUCAGACUCAGAACAGUCCAGAAAUCAUCCAGAGAGUCAUCGAGAACCUGAAGGAGAUGAACACAGACAACAUCUCACCUGACAGAAGCAUCAACAUCUUCCACUGUCUGACAGAGAUAAACGACCAAUCAGUGCAUCAGAAGAUCCAAGAGUUCAUGAAGUCAAAGGACAGAGGACAGGAACUCUCUGAAAUCCACUGCUCAGCACUGGCCUACAUGCUGCAGAUGUCUGAGGAGGUUCUGGAUGAGUUGGACCUGAACAAGUACAACACAACGGUCCAGGGAAAACGCAGACUGAUUCCAGCUGUGAGGAACUGCAGGAAGGCUCGGUUGAGGGACUGCAGUUUGUCAGAGAUCAGCUGUUCUUCUCUGGUCUCAGUUCUGAAAUCCAACUCCUCCCACCUGAGAGAACUGGACCUGAGCUGGAACUAUUAUCUGCAGAAUUCAGGAGUGAAGGUGCUGUGUUCUGGACUGGAGAGUCCACAUUGUAGACUGAAGACUCUAAAGUUGAGGGGCUGCAGUUUGUCAGAGAUCAGCUGUUCUUCUCUGGUCUCAGUUCUGAGGUCUAACUCCUCCCACCUGAGAGAACUGGACCUGAGUAAGAACAAGGAUGUGAGGGAUUCAGGAGUGAUUCUGCUGUGUUCUGCACUGGAGAGUCCACAUUGUGGACUGGAGACUCUGGGGUUGAGGGGCUGCAGUUUGUCAAAGAUCAGCUGUUCUUCUCUGGUCUCAGUUCUGAGGUCUAACUCCUCCCACCUGCAAAAACUGGACCUGAGUGACAACAAGGAUCUACAGGAUUCAGGAGUGAUUCUGCUGUGUUCUGGACUGGAGAGUCCACAUUGUAGACUGGAGACUCUGAAGUUGAGGGGCUGCAGUUUGUCAGAGAUCAGCUGUUCUUCUCUGGUCUCAUCUCUUAAGUCCAACCCCUCCCACCUGAAAGAACUGGACCUGAGUGGGAACUAUCUGCAGGAUUCAGGAGUGAAGCUUCUGUCUGAUCUUGUGAAGAGUCCAGACUACAGACUGGACACUCUGAAGACACAGAGUCCAGACGACACUCUGGAGACACAGAUUCCAGACGACACUCUGGGGCGGGAGUGAUGAUGAUCUUCAUCCUGAGUCCUGCUCUGUGACGCAGCUUCAGCAGAUCUGGGACAAACAUCAUCUGAAAAACAAACCAACCCAAACACAAACGCUGAUGGUGUCGUUUUUCUGUGGCCAUGACGCUGUGACAUCACUUUUAACAUCAUCAGCUCGGUCCUGUCGUCCUGAACCUGUGACAUUGUCCCGUGAACAUUUCACAUAUUCAUAACAUUCUUUCUGAAACGUCCGAUGUCUUCGAUCCAUGUGAAACGAAAAAUGAAAGGAAAAAAAUAAAAACAAUAUAUACAUAUAUAUAUAUGUAGAUAGAUAUACAUAUACAUAUACAUACACACACACACACACACACACACACACACACAAGACUAGUCAAGUCAAGUCCACUGGGUGGCUUCUGGGAUACACUACGAUUUGACUGCUGAAGGAGAAGCACUUCGUGUACGUUAGCUCCGCAUAUGAGAGUGGAAAUAUUAUCAGUGGACUUUCCAUGGUGGUGACUGGCAGUCAUUUUAUUUCACAUUAGGUAAGCCUGUAAACCUUUUAAUCCAUGUUUUUUUUUUAAGCACUUUGUGAUGUGUUUGUGCUGCUCGUCAGUAGCUAGUUAGCAGCUAGUUAGCUUGUCACGGAGAAGUGUGGGUGUCUUAAAACAAAUAUACCACCGUUCUAUUUUUCAAAUGUAAUAAUGAGUGUUAAAAUAAUUUCUGUGAAGUGUUGAAUGUCACUUAUGCACUGUUUCCUAAUGUUUUUUACACGUGUUAAGUUUUCACAUUAGUGCGUUUGGCGGGGAGAGAGUGAGUGAGAAUGAGAGAGAGAUUGAGUGAGUGAGAGUGAGAGAGAGAGAGACUUCAGGUCUGGUUGUGGAUGAAGCCAGUAAGAUUCCUACACUAAGUAUUUCGGAGUCCAACUUAUAUAUUUUGAGCCCAACUCUAACUGUGCACAAAUAAAUAAGUGGGCCCACAGCUGCAGAAAAUUAGAAAUUAAAUUUCUGGACAGAAUAUUUCUUUUAUUAUUAUUUUGGUUGGGGAAAUUUUUAUACAAUUUGUCAACUGUUUGUUUUAUAUAUAUAUAUAUAUGUCAAAAAACAAUUUGAUAUCGAAAGACAAUACAACUGUGUGAGUUUCUGUGUGUGAAAUCAAUCGUUUUCCAUAGCUAAAGAGAUAUCAGUUAUGUAGUUCACUCAAUUCAUAACUGUGUCCUCUUUAAGAAGGUCUCGAACCAGGACACUGCAUAUUUUUAUUUUAUUUAAAGUGGUGAUCCCAGACCCUUUUGAGUUUAUAUGAUCAUAUUUACAUGUAAGUUUACGUGUUAAAGUAUAACCUGCAACACUAAACAUCUGCCUUUAUCACAUAAUCAUCAUUUGA